AUGCACAAGCUGGUAUUCUGCUGUCUCAUCAUCAUCAGCUUCUCCUGUCCUCUCUUUUCUCUCCCCACCAUCAACACCAGUGAGAUGUCUCAUCAACUCUCAGCUGAUGAAGAUUCAAGAUUAAACCUGGAGCGGCUGGGCAGCACUUCUCUGCUUCAGUUUCUGCAGGAUCUCUUGAGUACACUGACUGAAGACAAUAAAGCAGAUCUUAGCUCCAACAGCUAUAACCCAAGGGAAAAUAUAAAAGAGAUUUUCUAUGGAAAUCACCCACGAAUUGCUUUGCUGGGCCGCCUGUUGACGAAGGACAGGAAACAGUACAAGAAACGUGGGAACCUUUCUGAAUGCUUCUGGAAAUACUGUGUGUAA